AGGGAUCCACCAUGGCUCACUUUUUGGAGGAGAAAAAAGAGAAGAAAUUGCAGCAUGUGCCAUUAAUAUUAACUCGUACAAAACCUGCUCCCAAAUAGGAAAGAAAAGAGAAGGAUUUUUCAUCGAAGAGAGAGAGAGAGAGAGAUGGGUUACAGUUCGUUGCUGAAGAGCCCCAAGAAAGAAGGAGAAGAAGAAGAACAAGAAGUUCCAAAUUCCAUUUGGGACGAUUUCAAAGCCUUUUUUGAGCUCAGCAAUGAGGAAAAGCUACCGCUCCAGCAGCAGGAGAAUUUUUCCAUCGUCAAUGGCGGUCCACUCAAUUGGGACUUGAUGGAUCAUCAUUCCAACCACCAGUUUUCCCUCUCUGAAACCAAAGCAAACCACGGCGGCCAUGGCUAUGGCAUCGAGGCGGAGGCGGAGGCGUUCAGCCGAGUCGUCCCAAAAGCUUGCUCCUUCGACGGCGAUGGCGUUAUGAAAAGCAAGAAGAAGGCUUCGUUGAACUUAAAUCUUAACUACGAAGAGGUUUCGGAAGCAUGGUCCGGCCGCGGAUCUCUCUGGGCCGGCGGCGGUUCUUCUCCUUCCAACCCAACCCACAACGUUUAUAUGGGAGAGGUUCCAAGAAUGGAGGAAGAAAGAACAAGAAGGGUGCUGAGGUACAGGGAGAAGCGGCUCACCAGAUUGUUCUCCAACAAGAUAAGAUACCAAGUUCGUAAGCUGAAUGCCCAGAAAAGGCCCAGAAUAAAGGGGCGUUUUGUGAAGACUGUUUAGCCACAAAGUUCAAAAUAUCUCACCCAAAAAAGAAAACUUUCCUGUGGCUUUCAUUGUCGUGGACCCUCCAGACCCCAACUUGCCAU